CUCCGGAGGAGCUCGAGUCCGGGCCGGGGAGACGUGGAUCUGGCUGCCUCGGAACCUCGGGCCCGGCCAGCCGCGAAGGACUGAGGCCGCGGCCCAUCCUACCUGGCUCGGUCGGCCGCCGCCGCCUCCCGGACAGAAGAUGCGCUCCAGGAGGCCCCUGCUGCCGCCCUUGCUGCUGUUCCUGCUGCUGGCUCUGAGGCCCAGGGUGCAGGGCUGCCCGUCUGGCUGCCAGUGCAACCAGCCACAAACAGUCUUCUGUACUGCACGCCAGGCAACCACAGUGCCCCAAGACGUGCCCCCUGACACCGUGGACCUGUACAUCUUUGAAAACGGUAUUACCACGCUCGAUGUGGGCAGCUUUGCUGGUCUGCCAGGCCUGCAGCUUCUGGACCUGUCACAGAACCAGAUCACCAGCCUACCAGGUGGCAUCUUCCAGCCACUUGUCAACCUCAGCAACCUGGACCUAACUGCCAAUAAACUGCACGAGAUCACCAACGAGACCUUCCGCGGCUUGCGGCGCCUGGAACGCCUCUACCUGGGGAAAAACCGAAUCCGCCACAUCCAGCCCGGGGCCUUCCGUGAGCUUGGCCACCUCCUGGAGCUCAAACUGCAGGACAACGAGCUGCAGGCGCUGCCCCCACUGCGCCUGCCCCGCCUGCUGCUGCUCGACCUCAGCCACAACCACAUCCCGGCCCUGGGGCCCGGGAGCCUGGACACCGCCAACGUGGAGGCGCUGCGGCUGGCCGGCCUGGGGCUGCAGCAGCUGGAUGAGGAGCUCUUUGGCCGCCUGGGCAACCUCCAUGACCUGGACGUGUCUGACAACCAGCUGGAGCGCGUGCCACCUGUGAUCCAAGGCCUGCGUGGCCUGACACGCCUACAGUUAGCCGGCAAUACGCGCAUUGCCCAGCUGCGCCCAGAGGACUUGGCCGGCCUCACUGCUCUGCAGGAGCUGGACGUGAGCAACCUGAGCCUGCAGGCUCUGCCCAGCGACCUCUCGGGCCUCUUUCCCCGCCUGCGCCUCCUGGUAGCUGCCCGCAACCCUUUCAACUGCGUGUGCCCCUUGAGCUGGUUUGGCCCCUGGGUGCGUGAGAGCCAUGUGACCCUGGUCAGUCCCGAGGAGACACGCUGUCACUUCCCACCAAAGAAUGCUGGCCGACUGUUGCUGGAGUUGGACUAUGCGGAUUUUGGCUGUCCAGUCACCACCACCACAGCCACAGCCCCCACCACCAGGCCUGAUGUCAGGAAGCCCACACCCCCACCUUCUAGUUUGGCUCCCACACGGCUCAGUCUUACAGAGUCAGCCACGCAGGCUCCCAGCAUGCCGCCCACCACCCCGCCAACCAUGAGGCCUGCUCCCCAGCCCCAGGACUGUCCAGCAUCGAUGUGUCUUAAUGGAGGUACCUGCCGAGUGGGGGCAAGGCACCACCUGGAGUGUCUGUGUCCUGAGGGCUUCACUGGCCUGUACUGUGAGAAUCCAGUGGGCCAAGGGACUAGGCCUAGCCCUGUACCAGACACGCCAAGGCCCCCACAAUCCCUGCCCCUCAGCAUCGAACCAGUGAGCCCUACCUCCCUGCGUGUGGGGCUGCAGCGUUACCUGCAGGACAGCACCAUACAGCUCCGGAGCCUUCGCCUCACCUACCGCAACCUGUCGGGCCCUGACAAAAGGCUGGUGACUCUACGGCUGCCCGCCUCACUUGCAGAGUAUACAGUUACCCAGCUGAGGCCCAAUGCUACCUACUCCAUCUGUGUCACGCCCCUGGGGGCUGGCCGAAUGCCUGAGGGCGAGGAGGCCUGCGGGGAGGCCCGCACACCUCCAGCUGUCCGUUCCAACCAUGCCCCAGUCACCCAGGCCCGCGAGGGCAACCUGCCUCUGCUCAUCGCUCCUGCCCUGGCCGCAGUGCUCCUGGCCGUGCUGGCUGCCGCGGGGGCAGCCUACUGUGUGCGGCGGGGGCGGGCAGCAGCUGCCGCUCAGGACAAAGGGCAGGUGGGACCAGGGGCUGGGCCUCUGGAGCUAGAGGGGGUAAAAGCUCCCUUGGAGCCAGGCCCUAAGGCAAGUGAAGGAGGUGGCGAGGCCUUGCCAGGUGGGCCCGAGUGUGAGGUUCCGCUUAUGGGCUAUCCAGGACCUAGCUUCCAGGGGGCUCUCCCUGGUAAACACUACAUCUGAGCUGGGAGAGAGAAAGCAGCCAGGGGUCUGGGCUCGUAGCCAGCACCCUCCGGCUGCCACACAAGGAAGUUCUCAGCAUGUACCAUGGGGACACACGCUCCAUGGAUCGCAGCCAGUCCCUGCUCCUCUCUGGGCUGGGUCUCCUCAUCUGUGAAUGCCGCCCAGGUGAGCUCUCACACCUCACGGCUACAGUAUGUACAGGACAGGUGCCUGCCAUCUGUAGGGUUCACUCCCAGGGUACAGGCCCUGCCAUGUGCUGGUAACACGGCUGGGUCCUGUUGGGCUCCCCCAGCUACCCCAGGGAAGGACUGUAGAGAAAGACUGCGUGGGGUGGGCCUAUAGCUGUGGCCUCAGCCCCAGAAGCACAGAAACACUUGAAACUGGAAGGGACGGUGCUCUGGGCACAGGCAGAUUUGCUUCUAUUGUUUUGUUUUUAAAAUAUAUUUAUAAAAGAUCUUUUCCCGUUUAUGCUGGGAAAAUGUUUUUUAAACUCAGUGACAAAGACUUUGGUUUUUGUAUGACAAAUGAUGACAUGAAGGCCUUUUGUAAGAAAAUAAAAAAUAAAAUAAAAUGAAAUGAGUGAUUCUCUGGCUAGGCCUGGAA